GUAGCAUAGACAGCAUCAGUGUCAGCGGAAUUAGUGUGCUGACGCUAUUUUUUGGUUCGUUGGCCAUUACUAUUGGAUAUUCAGCAGCGCCGUUUAGGUGAUUUAGUUUUAUGAAGUGCCAUCCAGAGUGUAGUGUUGCUGCCACAGAGAUUUAGUUCGCUUCUAGUUGCGAUCCUGAUGUUUCAUGGAGUGAGGUCGGAAGCUCCAAAAAGUGAUUUGGAGGGAAGCUGUUGGGCGGAAGCCCUCUGGCACUGUUCGCUGGGUGUCCUGUUGUGGAAAAUGCAAUUGUCGGCUGUGCAUAAUUGAGUUUUCUGCACCAUCCGGAUAGGGGGAAAACUUCGUUAACAGUGGUGGAAUUUGUGUCGAUGCUGGUGCAUAUGAGUUCGAAGUUUGGAAAUUGAAUUAGGCUGGUGAAGUAGCAGAUGAAAAAUUUAUCCCUGCUGGAAGAGAAACCAAGUGAUUGGUGUUCAAUUAAAGUGAAAGUGUUUGGAGAGAGUGGUUGAAGGAGAAGAGAGGGUGGUGGCAGUCCAAGGAGUGUACUACGGUAGUACUACGAGGGAAGUGAAUACGUUGGAGUCUGGGAACUUGAAUCCCGCUCUCGUCGUCUACCGAGAGACGACUGCUGUGUAUCGGUAUUUGCCAGAAAAGGAACAACGGCGGUUUUCUCCGGAUUUGCAGUGUGUGAUAACAGAAAUGAACAGAAGCUGCAGCAAGUGAAAGCAGAAAAGUAAUCAACUGUGAGAGCAAUGUAUUUGUGACGUCAAUGAUAACAGGAAAAGUGUGAAGACUCACACAAGCGUGGAAAAAGGACAUCGAACGCGCUAUGUCCGAAAGUUGGUCCUUACCUUCCGUCUGUGGCUCGUUUCAUUCACCGGUUCUGCGAGCGUACAACCGCAUACUAUCCCAGUCAGAGACCCCCUCCCGGCCGGAGUGGAGUAAAGUGAAAGUGCAAUAACUCGUUCUCUGCCGGAGAAUAGUGCAGCCCGAAGUGCUGCCAACCCGACCGCAACAAAAUGGACAGCUCACCGGAUUUAUCGUUGAAACUUCGUCGCGGAUCCAGCGACUCCCGCGACUCAUUCUACAUGGACUUUGCCCAGGGCAUCGAUUCGGACAUCGAAGAUGUCGUGACCCAGGCUUCGGGUGGUGCCCCACACAGUUCGCAUACACCGGUGGGAACGGUUACCACUCCGAGUGCUUUGGCCCCUAUCACGACAAGCAGCACCACUGCCAGCAUACCGGACGUGACGGUUAUGUCGGCGUGUGGCACCAGCCAUUCCGGAACGGCAAUAAUCCCCGAAGAUCCGGAAGAUUUGGACGAUGAUGACAUGGAGGAGGAGAUGGGACCGGUUCCGCCGCCAAUGCCGGAGCUGGGGGACCAUCCGAUCCCUUCGGUGGCCGCAGGGAUGGAUAUGCCGUUGCCGCCGCUUCCAACGCUGGACAUAGACGACAGGGACAUCGAACUUCCGCUGCAACCGUUGAUGCCAUCCCCAUCAGUGCCACAGAACGCUAUAGUCUCGCCGGAAACGUUUAGCAAUCACACCUCGCCGGGUCAAUCUUCACAGCAUUUGGCCGGAGUCGUCACUCCAACGCCUUCAUCGUUUCCACAGCUUCAUCAGCACAUCCAUGACGACGUUCAACCACAUCCACAGGAAUUCCCUCUCCAAGGGGAAGAAUCCCGUGUCGGUUCCUCUUUGGAAACCCAGAGUAAGACACACCUCGGAUCGUCCUCAACCUCUUCCGCCUUCCAGCGAGUUCACACGCCAACACUGAGCGUCAAAACGAAUCCCGUGGUCAUCAUCCCUGGAUCUUCUACGCCCACCCAGCUUCAGCCAUCUCCCGGAGCCCUACAGAGGCAACCUACAGCCACUGGAUCCACAACGACCACUCAGCACCUGGCCGUGCUCUACCAUUCCCACCAUCACCAUCUGCACCCGAUUCUGAACACCACCCGGCGGCCGUCGAGACUCCCGGAGCCGAUUUACUACCACCACCAGCAGCAGCGGGAGGUUAAACCGGGUGAAGCACUGGCGACGACGUUGUCGGCACUCUACGGGAAGCUGCUGGUCGUGAUGGGGAUUGCCUUUCCGAUGGCCGAGGUUAUCUCCACCUACAUUCCGCCCUCGUUUUAUGAGGGUUUUUAUUUAUAUCUCUACAUAGGCAGUAUGGUAUUCCUGUUAUUCAUGUACACGACGCUUCUCUGGGGCCGUCCGAAAACGCCCUCAGUAUCACCGGUAAAAAAGCAACCCACCAAAGCGAAGAUCAUCCACCGCGCCAGCACCACCUGUUCCACGGAUAGCGGCGAGCGUUCGGACAGCGAAGACGACACGGUUAGCUCCGAGCCCAAGGUCAUGAUUCCGACGCGACGAAUGUCCCUCUCGUCGUCGGCCACUUCCCGAAUCCAGCACUUCGGCAGCUUCUACCUGCGGAUGGGCGCAGUCGCAUUCGGCAUCGGCAGCAUGAUCUACUCGGGGCUGGAGUUCGGGCAGUACUUCGAGCUAGAGCGGGACACCAAAUGCCACAAUGUGCUGCUCGCGUUGACUCCGGCCACCCGGAUGGCAUUCAUCUUCAUCCAAAUGUAUUUCAUAUUCCUUAACAAUGAGCAAAUCAAAGUCUACCGGCACAAGAUUUUGGCUCGUUUCGGACUGAUGCACAUGAUCGGGACCAAUCUGUCGGUGUGGUUCUCGGUGUUGAUUCAGGAAACCAAACACGAGAUCUUGACGUUCUACAACCCGGAGAAUCGAACGCUGCGGAUAUCGCAUAGAUUAGGUCACAAAAUGAUCCCGCACCCUGCCGAAACUGUGGCACAUCUCCGAGUAGCACGAGGGCUCAAAGGUCCGCACAACAUCUUCGAGUGUCGACGAUCAAACAUCAUUGGAACGCUGGUUCAGGAUGCCUCGCCCUUUUUGUUCCCCUGCACCAUCGAAUACUCCCUGAUCUGUGCAGCCAUCCUGUACGUGAUGUGGCGUAGCAUCAGCCGACCCCAAACGGAUCCACCUCAGCGACAAGAGAGCCUGCACCCGCUGAAGAGGUCACCCCACCACUACUCGGUUGAUUGUGCCGGAGCACACAAAGGACUGUUCAUAGGAAUUCUGAUCCUGGUGCUGACCAUCAUCUCGUUGAUCCUAUUCUUCGUACUGAUUUCACGGCCCGAAUUCGUUAACUUGGCCGUUACAGAAGUCAACAUCUGCGAGUUGACCUUGUAUGGUACAACGACUGCCGCUACGUUAAUUGGGAUGAUCCAGGUCCGGCACAUGCAGUACGAUGCGUUCCGGAGUUUCAGCCUGGACGACAUUCUCCUGGUUGGAGGUCAAACCGGAUCAUUCCUGUACAGUACCUUCACCGUCAUCGGUGGACAGUUCAUGAUGCGACGGGACACGGUCCUAGUGCUAAUCACUGCCCUGGCUUCCCUGGUGGAAACCGCAUGCCAAACUAUGUUCAUCCUGGACGCCAGCCGGCGAUCUGCCGCCACUCAGGAGCACAUACGAAAGAAACCCGGACGGGAGAUCGUGACCUUCCUUCUGGUCAGCAAUUUGGCCAUGUGGGCCAUCAACACGUUGGAGAAGUCCCGAGCCGAGUCGCACCCAAUCCAGCUGCACUUCUACGGCCUCUGGGCGUGGACCAUCAUUACUCAUGUCUCCAUGCCGUUGGCCAUCUUCUACCGAUUCCACAGUACCGUGUGUCUGUGCGAAAUUUGGAAACGAGCGUACAAAAUGAAACCGGCUUAUAUGUAAUCCGAUCCCCGGACUAGAUAGGAAGAGCCCGAUGGGCGGCCGUCGUUGAAUGUGAUUAGCUGUGGUGCUGCGCACCGAAAACCAAGGAAACAAAAAACGGAGGAAAACCCAUAGCCUUCUUGUUCGUUAUAGUCAUUAUGUAUUAACUAUUUCCUAUCCAUUUCAUCCCCGUAACUGUUAGGACACUGUGCUCAACUAUAUAUGCUAAAAC